UGGUGAGCCUAGAUCCAGUACACAAAUAAGAUAUAUUGAGAUGAUUUCCAACUUGAUUCCCAGCUGGUUUAUGAUAUUGUUGUCAUUAACUAGUGUUGUCUAUUCAUGUGAUGAUGUGAACACAAUAGCUUGUCAAGGACUGAACAACACAAUAGAUGUCUGUAGCGAUGACUGUUUUUCACAGAUGUGUCAACGAUUUUGUGGGAAAUGUCCUUUAAAAUGUUAUCAUUGCUUGUCUGUGAACCCAGCAACUUGUACUUCAACUGAAGAAUGCCCAAACAACCACUCUUCUUGCAUCCAGGAAAAGACUUUGUCAGCCAAUUAUUCUCUGGAAUACAGACUUGGUUGCGUCACUCUGCAGGUAUGUAACCAACUGUAUGGUGAGGGCUGUCAGAGUCCGGGAGUUUGCAAUGAUCACAGAGGGAGUUGUUGUAAAACGGAUCUCUGUAAUGGAAUAGCAUCGACAUCAAAGGCAAAACUUGAAGUUUCAACAAGACCUGUCACCAGAGAAACAAUGAGUAACAGUGCUGUAUGUCACGACAUAGAUCUAAAAGCAUGUACUAGUUUUAAAAGCUCAGUGGCGGAGGCUUGUACAAGGUCUUGUUUUCAACAGUCAUGUCCCCGAACAUGUGGACUAUGUGUUGAAUGUGCAUAUUGCCCUCGUAUUGAUCGUCCAGUGAACUGCAAUUCAACAAAAAUAUGUAGCCCUGGUGAGAAAUGUUACACGAUGAAAAUGGUUUCAACAGAGGGAGUUCAUAAAUAUAGGUUGGGAUGCCUUCAUGAAAAGGGCUGUGAAACAAUGAAUAACACAGUUCAACAUGCCAUUGGGAGAAGCGAUGGUUUUGAUAUACCUGUCGAAGGAGACUGCUGCGCGGGCGAGCUAUGCAACCAAAUAAAACCAAUACCUAUUCAUUUUGGAACGUCCUGUUCUAGAAGAAGAUAUCGAAGGGCACUCACUUGGAGAGACUGUGUACCUUCAACCACUGCACAUCCAUAUGUGACGUUUACAUCUAUCUCGGUAUCUCCUUCCCCUGUGCUUAUUCCUGGGAAUAUCACAAUUGGAGUGUGCGGAACAAUUCACCAUCACUUUAGCAAAAAUGUUAGAAUGGUGGUUCACAUGGAUAAACAUCUUCUUGGAGUGUGGACAAACAUUCCCUGCAGAAAUAAUUUUGGAUCUUGCAACUACGACAACCCAUGUGAGGUUUUAUCUGCUUUUGCGACAUCUGGAACUUGUCCACCUCAACUUGAGGCACAUGGUAUCCCGUGUACGUGUCCAUUUAAUCCAUCCGACAUCAAUCUACCCCCAUCAGUGUUCGAAGUGAAAACAAUUAAUGCAUCCUGGUCGUGGUUUGUCACGGGGAGGUUCCGAGUUCAAGCUGAGUUGUUUUGUCGCUUUAUAUUGCAAAAAGGACUUUUUGUUUCGUAG